AUGACCAGCAGUCGGGACUCGGGGCUGCCGGCCCAGCCCAACCUUCGCGUAACAAUCAUCGCUGCCGAUGGUCUAUACAAGCGAGAUGUCUUCAGGUUUCCCGACCCGUUCGCCGUCGCUACCAUCAACGGUGAGCAGACAAAGACCACCCAGGUCUCCAAGCGUACCUUGAACCCAUACUGGAAUGAACAUUUCGACUUCAAAGUAAACGAGGACAGCAUCUUGGCUGUUCAAGUGUUUGACCAAAAGAAGUUCAAGAAGAAGGACCAGGGUUUCCUUGGUGUCAUCAAUGUCCGGAUAGGAGACGUGAUAGAAUUGGCCCCCGAUGCUGAAGACCAGAUGCUCACGCGAGACCUUAAGAAAUCGACCGAUAACCUUGUCGUACACGGAAAACUUAUCAUUAACCUAUCCACUAACCUUACAGCGACUAUGAGUCGUCUUGGUCCCCCUCCUCCAUCUUCGAGCAGGCCGUCACUACUUACACCUCAAAGUUCUGUGAUUUCUAACGAUAGAGCGAACGAACGUCCUUCAUCAGCCAUGUCCGGACCUAAUGGAACCGCCAACAACCAACUGAAUCUGGCAAGCCGGCCCGCCAGCAUGGCAGUUUCGUCGUCGUCGACAGCCCCAACUCCUGGUACAAAUGGAACAGCCCCAACGAACCCAUCGACCAUUGUUGCGUCGCAAGCCCGGCAUCAUAAUACUCUCAGCCCUUUCGAAGAUUCAAUGGGAAGAUUGCCAGCCGGUUGGGAACGCCGCGAGGAUCAUUUGGGGAGGACAUAUUAUGUUGAUCAUAAUUCACGAACCACGAGCUGGAAUCGGCCAACUGGCACAGGGGCGGCAGAAAAUCGUACCGCCGAAGCCAAUACUCAAGUCGAACGUCAACGCCACCAGAACAGAACACUUCCCGAGGACCGCACUGGCGCUAAUUCCCCCACCCUACAGCAGCAGCAAGCCUCGGCCGCCGCUAAUGCUGCCACUAUGAUGCAUACCGGGGCGACAACCCCCGGAACCGGCGAGUUACCUGCUGGUUGGGAGCAGCGGUUUACCCCUGAAGGGAGGGCGUACUUCGUCGACCACAACACGCGCACUACGACCUGGGUCGACCCUCGGCGCCAGCAAUAUAUCCGCAUGUACGGUGGACAGAACAACACGAACGGCACCAUCCAACAACAGCCCGUUUCCCAGCUCGGUCCCCUGCCUAGUGGAUGGGAGAUGCGGCUCACUAACACGGCUCGCGUUUACUUUGUGGAUCACAAUACCAAGACAACGACCUGGGAUGAUCCUCGUCUGCCUUCAUCGCUGGACCAGAACGUCCCGCAAUACAAGAGAGACUUCAGGAGGAAGCUCAUCUACUUCCGCUCUCAGCCUGCUAUGCGGAUCAUGUCUGGGCAAUGUCACAUCAAGGUCAGGAGAUCGCACAUUUUCGAGGAUUCGUUCGCGGAAAUUUCGAGGCAAUCGGCUACCGAUCUGAAGAAACGGUUGAUGAUCAAGUUCGACGGCGAGGAUGGUCUCGAUUACGGCGGUCUCUCGCGCGAGUUCUUCUUCCUCCUCUCUCACGAGAUGUUCAACCCCUUCUACUGCUUGUUCGAGUACUCGGCGCACGACAACUACACGCUUCAGAUCAACCCCCACUCCGGCAUCAACCCUGAGCAUCUCAACUACUUCAAGUUCAUUGGUCGGGUUGUCGGUCUGGCUAUCUUCCACAGGCGAUUCCUGGAUGCCUUCUUCAUUGGCGCUCUGUACAAGAUGGUUCUCGGAAAGGCUGUCAGCUUGGCGGAUAUGGAAGGUGUGGAUGCCGAUUUCCAUCGGUCUCUGCAGUGGAUGCUGGACAACGACAUUACGGAUGUCCUUGACGCGACCUUCUCUACUGAAGACGAGCGAUUCGGCGUGAUCACCGAGGAGGAUCUUAUCCCCAAUGGUAGGAACAUUGCGGUUACGAACGAGAACAAGAAGGAAUAUGUCGAUUUGAUGGUCAAGUGGAGGAUCGAAAAGCGUAUUGAGCAACAGUUCCAGGCGUUCAAGGAGGGCUUCCACGAGCUCAUCCCUCAGGACCUGAUCAACGUGUUCGACGAACGCGAGCUUGAGUUGUUGAUUGGUGGUAUUGCCGAGAUUGAUGUCGAUGAUUGGAAGAAGCACACGGAUUACCGUGGUUACACGGAGUCGGACGAGGUUAUCCAGUUCUUCUGGCAGACUGUUCGGUCGUGGGAUGGCGAGCAGAAGUCGAGAUUGCUCCAGUUCACGACCGGUACAUCCCGUAUCCCGGUCAACGGUUUCAAGGAUCUCCAGGGUAGUGAUGGUCCUCGCAGGUUCACGAUCGAGAAGGCGGGAGAAAUCAACAACCUUCCCAAGGCACAUACAUGCUUCAACCGCUUGGAUCUGCCGCCAUACAAGUCUCUGGAGAUGCUGCAGCAAAAGCUUACGAUUGCUGUGGAGGAGACUAUGGGUUUCGGACAAGAGUAA